UUUGAUACUUUGACCAUGUCAGGAGCAACACGGAAUAUUGCACGAUUCGUCGAGUUUGGUAAAAAGAUAGUAUGCGUUGGUAGAAAUUACAGUGAGCAUGCGGCUGAACUUGGAAACCCUGUUCCUAAGAAACCGAUCCUCUUUCUGAAGCCAUCAACUGCUUAUGUCUCUCAGGGGCAGACAAUCCAGAUUCCACCAGAAUGCACUUCUCUUCAUCAUGAAGUAGAACUUGGCAUUGUGAUUGGUAAACAAGGUUCCUGCAUCUCUGAAGCAGACGCCAUGAACCACGUGGGCGGUUACGUUCUCGCUCUCGAUAUGACUGCUAGAGACUUUCAGGAUGAGGCUAAGACAAAGGGCCAACCUUGGUCGGUGGCCAAAGGAUUUGACACGUCCUGUCCCGUUGGUGACUUCAUAGAGAAAGAAAAACUCGGAAAUCCAGGAAACGUCAAUCUUUGGUUAAAGGUCAAUAACGAGAUGAGACAGAAUGGGAGCACAAAAGACAUGAUAUUUAGUAUCCCGUAUCUAGUGAGCUACAUCAGCAGAUACUUUUCUUUAGAAGCUGGAGAUUUGGUAUUGACAGGAACGCCCUCUGGUGUGGGUCCUGUGAAGCAAGGGGAUAUAAUUGAGGCUGGAAUUGCAGACAUUUCCAAAAUCAAAUUUGUUGUGAAUAAAAGAACCUAAAUCAGGGGUUUAUCCAGGUUUUUAGUUAUGGUCCCAUAUCU